AUGAAAUCCUGUCAAAGAUUAAAGAGACCCUCUUUAAAAAUAAUUUCUAAGAAAUUUUUAUCUUAUUCUUCCCAAUAGGCCAGUACUGAUGGGGGCACCGGAGGAGCCCUGACCCCGCAGCAUGUUCGAGCUCAUUCCUCACCUGCUUCCCUGCAGCUGGGCGCCGCAUCCCCAGGGAGCCUAACGCCCACCGGGGUGGUCUCGGGCCCAGCAGCGACCCCCACCGCUCAGCACCUUCGACAGUCUUCUUUUGAGAUCCCUGAUGAUGUCCCUCUGCCGGCGGGCUGGGAGAUGGCAAAGACGUCCUCUGGUCAGAGAUACUUCUUAAAUCACAUCGAUCAGACGACAACGUGGCAGGACCCCAGGAAGGCCAUGCUGUCCCAGAUGAGUGUCACGGCACCCACCAGCCCCCCAGUGCAGCAGAGUCUGAUGACCUCGGCCUCAGGUCCUCUUCCGGAUGGAUGGGAACAAGCCAUGACUCAGGACGGAGAGAUAUACUAUAUAAACCAUAAGAACAAGACCACCUCUUGGCUAGACCCAAGGCUUGAUCCUCGUUUUGCCAUGAACCAGAGGAUCAGCCAGAGCGCCCCGGUGAAGCAGCCCCCGCCCCUGGCCCCGCAGAGCCCUCCAGGGGGCGUCCUGGGCGGCGGCGGCCCCGGCCCGCAGCAGAUGCGGCUGCAGCAGCUGCAGAUGGAGAAGGAGCGGCUGCGCCUGAAGCAGCAGGAGCUGCUCCGGCAGGCAAUGCGGAAUAUCAAUCCCAGCACAGCAAAUUCUCCAAAAUGUCAGGAAUUAGCUCUCCGUAGCCAGUUACCGACACUGGAGCAGGAUGGCGGGACUCCAAACCCGGUGCCUUCCCCUGGGAUGUCUCAGGAACUGAGAACAAUGACCACCAGCGGCUCGGACCCCUUUCUAAACAGUGGCACCUACCACUCGAGGGAGGAGAGCACAGACAGCGGGCUGAGCAUGAGCAGCUACAGCGUGCCUCGGACCCCAGACGACUUCUUGAACAGCGUUGACGAGAUGGACACAGGCGACACUAUCAACCAAAGUACCGUGCCCCCCCAGCAGAGCCGUUUCCCAGACUACCUAGAAGCCCUUCCGGGGACAAACGUGGACCUUGGCACGCUGGAGGGCGAUGGGAUGAGCAUGGAAGGGGAGGAGUUGAUGCCCAGCCUGCAGGAGGCCCUGAGCUCUGACAUCCUCAGCGACAUGGAGUCUGUGCUCGCCGCCACCAAGCUCGAUAAGGAAAGCUUUCUCACGUGGUUGUAGAGCCCGCAGGUAGACCGAAUGCCACAUCUGUGAAGGAUCCAAGGAGAGGUUCCCCAGUAAGCCAGUCGCAGUCUCUGGGCUCACGCCGGAGAAGAGGAAUAGACGUCCAGCAGGAUUCUUCGAUCUGUUGUUUCGCUCUUCUUGUCCGUUGCUGCUGUUGAUAUAUUGCUGACCUCUUUCAUAGUUGGCUCUAAAGAAUCAAAAAACACGUUUUUGGUUUCUUUUGCUAUUAUAACUACUGUUCGUUUGGGGGGCUGGGGGCAGUGAGCCUGUUUGGAUGACGGAUGCCAUGCCUUUCGCCCAGUUUGGUGUUCGCCCGUCGUGUCGAGCAAACACGUGGACUUGGGAGUCAGAUGCGUCACGUCACAGCAUUUCAUUUGUGCGGGCGGUUGUCUGUCCAGUGGUCUUUGGUCGGUGGGAAAACAUGACUUACCGGUCAGUCAAGCCAGAGUGGUUGCACCACCGCUCAGUGCUUGGUGCUGAUCGAUGAGCUCGCUGAAACCAAGGCUGGGGACCGCUUCACUUUCAGUGUUUUUCCCUCCUCGUGCUAUCAUUAGUCACGUAGUGACCUUGAUUUUAUUUUAGGAGCUUAUAAGGCAUAAGACAGUUUCCGUAGAAAUGUAUUAAUUAUUGCCACAUACUCUAGUAUAGGUUUUGCUGGGUUUUAUUCUGGG